GACGUUCUUCCGUGUCACGUGACCCGGCUGUCAAAUAUGGCUCCGUCCUACAGGGUGUGAAAGAAGCGACAGCUGACAAAGGGAAAUAGAUCUACAACAUCGCCUUCCAGCUUCGUCCAGACAACGCUGCUCGUGUGUGGAAGAGUGCCUGCCGAACGAUGAAGUGUGCCAGAGAGAGGAACUGACAGAAGAGGGGCCUUUAUUGUUGCUGACCAUCUGUUCAGAUCGAUUCUCCUCCCUCCCCGUCAAGCCCGCCACCCUGCAGCCAUGCUGAUGAACGCGGCGCUUGUGGAGUCCGGCAUCGUUCUGGCCAUGGUGCUCUGUGUUCACAUGGCCGUCUGGAACCAGCACUCUUGGUGCUGCAUAGCCCUUGUCAUCCAGGCUUUCUACGUGCAGCACAAAUGGGACCGUCUGCUCAAGUCAGGGGGGGCCGUGUUCCAGUUUCGUCCAGGGGCAAAUAGCGGCAUCGUCCCGGCCUCUAUGGUGAUGCCCUUGCUCGGUCUGGCACUGAAGGAAAAGUGCUCUGCUUCAGGGAAUGUCUACUUUGAGCGCUUCUCCAUGGUUGUCACCAUCACCGGCAUGAUAUUGGCUCUGUUUCUGUCUCUGAUUGCACUCGGCAUCACAAGACCUGUGCCUACAAACACCUGUGUGAUAGCAGGCAUGUCGGGCAGUGCAAUUCUUUACACAACCAAACAGACCCUGACUGUGUCUGAGGUCAUCGAGGUCUUAGAGGUACUUUUGAUCUUCGUCUAUCUCAGCCUGAUCGUGCUUUAUCUGCUGCCUCGCUGCUUCACACCCGGAGAGGCGCUUCUCAUCGUUGGUGGAAUCAGUUUCAUCGUGAACCAGCUCAUCAAGCGCUCGCUGAAUCUGGCAGAAGUCAAAGGAGAUCCGGUGAACUACUUCCUGCCUGUGGUCGUGGUAGGCUCACUGCUUUUAGGCGUUUUCUUUGCCCUGCUCUUUUGCUUCAUGGAGUCAGAGACCUGGGUGUCAUCGCUCUUCUUUCACAUGAUGACAGCAGUUCUGGCUCUGGGAAUCCUCAUGCCGUGGCUCUCCCUGUUCAUCGGCCGGCACCCCAUCAUGUGGCUGCUGGACUUUUUAACAUUAAAUGACAGAAGACUCUGUUUGUUGGGGUACUGGGUCUUUCUGGUCGUUGUAGCCACCUGCGUUGUGUUGCACCAGAACUACCAGCGUCAGUCUGGGUCCAAGAAGUACCAAGCCUCGACUGUUGUCCGAAAGUACUUUCAUCUGAUUGUAGUGGCCACUUUUGUUCCAGGUCUGAUAUAUGACAGGCAACUGCUUCAUGUGGCGUCCGUGGGUUGUUUGGCAGUUUUCUUGUUCCUCGAGUACGUGCGUUACUUUCGGAUCCGGCCGCUGGGUCAGCUGCUCAGACAGCUGCUCACCCUGUUCCUGGAUGAACGUGAUUCUGGGCCUCUCAUCCUGACCCAUGUCUAUCUGCUGCUGGGCAUGUCUCUGCCAAUAUGGCUGUUCCCUGGGCCCUGUGUGCCUAAGGGGAUACUUAUUGGUGCGGGAGGCCUGGUGCCUUAUGCAGGUGUGCUGGCUGUGGGCGUUGGAGACACUGUGGCGUCUGUGUUUGGCAGCACCAUGGGGGAAAUCCGUUGGCCUGGCACUAAGAAAACAAUGGAGGGGACUGCAACAUCUGUGUUCGCCCAAAUAAUUGCUGUCGCCAUCUUUCUCAUCUUUGAUGGAAGUAUUAACCUGAACUCCACCUAUUCAUGGAUUGUUGGCUCCAUCACUCUGGUGGCCAUGCUGGAAGCCUACACCUCCCAAAUAGACAAUCUCUUCCUUCCGCUCUACCUCUACAUCCUGCUGCUGCUUUGAAUGGACAGACGUCCCAAACACUCGCACAUUAAACCCCCCCCCCACCCUUUCUAGGGAAAAAAGCUACAAAAUAUGUUUUAGAAAUACAAAAGAAUCAUGAUUUUCAAAGGGAUAGAUGUCCCUUUUAAGAAUCAGUAGACUUUCAGAAUGUGUCCCGAAGAAGUUAAAGAUCUCAGUGGCAGCAGUGGUGAAUGGUUCCUGUGUGUGUCGCUCUCUUGACCCUCGAGAGAAUCAACAAUAAAGAUUCUUGAUUUAUGCAAAAGCAGAUUCAGUUUAAUCCAUGGGGGGGGGGGAGACGCACAGUGAACUGUGGACAUUAUAGAUGCUGCUUAAAGGCACAUAUGGAUCGGGUUCACCCAUCUCGUCCCUGACCCGCAAAUGAAUACAUGCCUUGUAUUGCCUUUGAAGAACAUUAUUGAUUUAGCUUAUUGUCUUUUACCUAAUCAACCUUUUUCAUGAUUAGAAUGUUACGAUUUCGAUGAUGGCAAUACAAUGAAGGACUUACUGAUAAAAACAUUUGCCUUAAGAAGUAAAUUUUCUAUCAGACAUUAUGACUAGUAUAGACGCUCUAGAUGAAAAAAGCAUGGCAGCCCUUCUCAACUCCUGUUCGUAAGGGCUGGUUUAGACAUGAAUAUGGCAGAACCUCACUAUGCUCCUGCAUGACACUAACGUAAAAUCCAGUACUGUAACAUGUACAAAGCUAUACGGUAUAUUUUUGUCUGGUAAAAUGACUUUGCUUAAUAUUAAGUUUUUACAGUUGUUUGAUGGGACCCUUUAAAAGUGAACCUGAUAUUUACAUUUCCUUGUGAUACUGAGCCUUUUUACACCACAUUCUUUUGACCUUGUAGAUAUGUUUGUAGGCCAUACUGAUGAACACGGGCCUUUCCUUGUUUAGCAUUAAUUAACCCUCAAGUUAUAAUUUAAUGUUCACUUCACAGAAAUAUCAAAUGUCAUCAGAUGUGACGUUCAGCCUUUUGUUUACAUUCAUCUGUAAAAGUUCCCUGGUGUUUUUAAUGUUGUGAUGACUUAUUUAUUCGCAUGAUUCUCUACACAUGUUGUUUUUGACAUCAUCCUUGCAUUUUUAAAAAUGUAAUACUGCAUGUUGAGUGCACCCGAGGAGAAGGAUAAAACUGAUAUGCCUCCGA